UUCUCUGAUGAAGCUGCCGCAAAAUUAGCCAAUAUUUUAUCCGCAUCCAUGGUCAUGAGCCAAUCUACUAAUAUGGAAAAAAGGCCAAGCCCAAAACAGUCUACUUUGAUCGAGUAUCCUGCAUUUAUAGCUGACUCCCAUGAACCGGAACAUAGCAGUCCUGAGGGGACCGACGUGGGUGAAAUCACAAGAAAGCUUUCUGCUUUUGCAAAUACUACGCGUGGGGGGGCCCGUGAAGUGAUAGAAGCCCGAUCAAAAAGCAAAUCUUUGACGCCCACCGGCAAGGACUCGGGCUGGCUGGCAUCGGUAUCUUCGCCUGCACAAUCAAACAAGCUUCAAAUGAGAGUAGCUGACCAAGCAGGCUCGUGCAUUUCAGCUGAAACGCAAGCAUUAACUCCUCUUGGAGAGGGUAGCCGACUAGCCAGCGACACUGAUCCUUGGUCGCAUGCAGAACUCUUGUCAAAAUAUUUGCAUCGGGACUCCUCAAGUAGUAGCCUGGUGAUGCGGCACAACGAGAGGGAGGAUAAAGUUGACACUCAGACAACCGGAUAUGAGGCUAUGCAAGAGAAGAGCAAACCCCAGGCUAAUCCCCUUUUGCGACGAGACUUUGCCCAUCCAAAGUUGUCCGACCCUGUUUCUUCGGGAAGUGUCAGCUCUAUAUCUCACUCCAUGAUGAAUCGAUCGUCAGAACAAAAGGCAGAGGUGAAAAAUUUAUCCCUUUAUGUUUACAUAUACUGA